AUGCAUUUGAUGUACACCUUAGACGCCGAAGGCAAAAGAAUCUACACUUUGAAAAAGAUAACAGAAGCCGGAGAAAUCACCAAGUCUGCCCAUCCAGCUAGAUUCUCCCCAGAUGACAAAUACUCCAGACAAAGAGUAACCUUGAAGAAGAGGUUUGGAUUGUUGCCAACCCAAAACUAA